AUUCCGCUUUCCUUUGGUGAAUUGAAACAUUUAGAAAGGUUGGACUUGUCUAACAAUGGUUUCACCGGGGUUGUCCCUGUUAAUCUAACUCGAACUUCACCGCUAUGGUACUUGAAUCUGUCGAACAAUAGCUUGCACGGCAAGCCACUUCCCGGGAAUUGCAGUAUGCCGAAAUUGGCAUGGUUGCUGCUGCAACAUAAUCACUUUGUGGGGAAAUUUCCACCUUGCUUGACCAAUAGUUUGUCUUUGAGACUGAUCGAUGUGCGAGACAAUCAUCUCUCGGGAACCAUCUCGAAUCUGCCUGCUCUGAUGCAAUUAGGAGCGUUUCUCGUGAGACGAAAUCAAUUCUCGGGACAACUUCCCCGGCAAUUAUGUGAAAUGCAAAGAAUACAGUUGCUGGAUUUCUCAAACAACGGAUUCACAGGGAACAUUCCUUGCUGCCUACGUAACAACACAGUCUGGAAAAACAAGUUCCAAGCAAAUUCAUGGGUUCCUAUAGAUUUCACCACCAAAGGGCAAUCACUUUCGUACCAGGGAAUCCCUCUGACACUAAUGACUGGAAUCGAUUUCUCAGAGAAUACAUUGGUCGGGACAAUUCCACACGAGAUCAGUGAACUAUCGGAGCUGCAUUCUCUGAACCUGUCGAAUAAUCACUUAACAGGUCACAUUCCAACAUCUUUCGAAGCACUCGAGAACCUGGAGAGCUUGGAUCUUUCCCACAACAAUCUAACAGGACCAAUCCCUCCAGGAAUCACACAGAUUACUACCAUCGAAAAGUUUUCUGUAGCCUUCAACAAUCUCUCAGGAUUGAUCCCAUUUACUGCACAAUUUUUGACAUUCUCCGAAACGUACUUCUUAGGCAACCCGGAACUGUGCGGUGAAGUAGUAGAAAGAGAAUGUACUGGAAAUGAUGAUGGUGAUGGAGGAAAAGAAAAUUCCAUUGGAAAGGAAGAGGAGAGCUUGAUUGACAGGCCCUUGUUUUUCUAUGCAUUUGUGUUUAUAUCGUAUGCUGUGGGAUUCUGGGGUUUUAUUGCACCACUUUACAUGAGUGUAACCUGGAGGAGAAAAUACUUUGCCGCCAUUGAUGGAUGGAUUCAAUAUCUUUUCUGCAAGUAA